AUGUUUUAUAAUCUCAACCUGAAGACCCAAUCAGGUGGUUUUCCUGACAGGGAACCUGAUUUGGAUGAUCUUUUGGAUGGAAUUGAUUUUAAUGAAAAGGGUAGUUCUAAAACAGGGACCGCAGCAGCAAGCUCAACGUUAGAGACAAGCUUUGAUUCCUUAAAGUUGUCUGCUGAGGCUAAACCUUUGGGCGUAUCGUCAUUGAACGAGUCAUCCAACACCUCAUCAACCAUCAACUCCGCUGUGCGUGGUGUACAAAAGAAGAGUGGUGCCACCGCCACAUCCAGCUCCCGACGGAGUCUUCUCGAUUCUUUACUGAAUCCUGAAGAUACAGAUACCAUGGCUGGUGGGACUGAGGUCAAUCUGGACAGUUCAUUUGAGGUUAAGGCCGCACCCACGGCAGCCACCUCUCGACGCUCUGUGCGGUUUUCGGAAAAACCGCAAGGCGACAAUGCUCCAGAUCUUACCAGUGUGAGUGAGAAGACAAAACGGGAUGGUGAUGUUGAUGUCAAUGACAAAGCCAUUAUCUCGCGACCACGGACAGCGCCGUCAGAGCGGGAUAAGUCAGGCAUGGGAUGGGGUGACCUUGAGGGGGAUCUGGACUGGUUCUCGAAGGAUCACAAUGUUGGUAGUGGUAGGGGUAGUGGUGAAUUUAAGGGAGGCAUGCAAAAAACCACCUGCAAUAUCUCUAUCGAGGGAGGUCUAGAUUUGGAUGCCACGCUAACUGAAAAGAAGGCUGUCUCUGGAGGAAGAACGAAUCCUACGGAGGAGAGAUCCAUCCUCGUUGGCGGUGGCAAAGGGAACUCGGUUCGACGGUCAAUAAACUUUCGAGGGUCGAAGGAACGAUCUCCGUCUUGGGAGCCUCAGCGAUCGCCUUCAUUCCUGGUACUUUUUCUCUUCUGCAGCAUUGGGAAGAUGAAAGUGGCGACUCAAAUAUCAUGCCUCAUCCAUUUUACAAAACACCGACAGACUGUGCAGCCAGGUCGUUAUCGGAUCCUCUCAGGAGUGUAUGCUCAGGAUGUCCAAGUUACAAUUAAUGAUGCCGCGACGGAUGGUUCAGAGACUGCACCGAAGCUAAGACAACUGCAAGCUGAAGUUGAGGCUUUGCGCGGGCUCCUCAAAAUGACAAAAGACUACCACCGAGAGGAAAUCAAGUUGCUUGAGCAGUCUCACUCGUCAAAAAUGAAGUUACUGGAGGAAAAUUCCCUUCGAAGGGAGAAGCAUCUACAGGAGGAGCUGGACUUCACCGUGUCGCAGUGCAAGUUACGGAUUGGUCAGUUGGAAAGCUUCCAAGAAACAGCUCGAGCCGACUUCGCCGACACCAUGGCGGCAGCAAGAGAUGACGCUCUAAAGGCGGUAGCUUCGCUCCGCAACGAACACACUCUAGAAUUAGAGGCUCUAACCGAACGACAUGCCAAAGCAUUAACAAGUCUGCGAGAAGCAAAUGCCACCGAGGCGCGAGUUCUCACAGAGAUGCAACCAGCCGCGGAAGCCUUGCAAGCUCUCCUCGGCCAACUUCUCUUAGCCACAAAAGAAGUGCAGCAAGCAGAAGUUGAGCAUCAAACCGCGGUAGCUCAGCGUCUUGUCAAAUUGGAGAGACGUGAGGAGCUUAUUCGACAGGCCGAAGAACGGUUGUGGGACAGGGAAAGGGAGUCCGACAAGACGCAUAAGCUGCUAACAGAGGCGGUGGGAAAAAUGGAAGUACAGUUGAGAGAACAGAGCAAAUUGUUGGAGGAUGAUAGGUGGACACUGAAACAGGAGCAGGCGCGUCUGACAAAAAUUCAAGUAACGCUGGAGGAAGAUCGACGAGCUCAAGUUGAACAAGCAGGAAGGGAGCGCAUUGAACUUCAGCAGCUUAUAACAAAUUUUUUUGAUGAGCACAGAGAAAGUCAGUCUCGUUUAUCAGCAGAACGAAACGCCAUAGCAGAGGAGCAACAGAAGUUUCGAGUUGAUCAACUUUGUUGGCGCCGACGACAGGAGGAGGAAGAGAAGAAAUUGACAUGUGUGAGCCACUUGAAUGAGGAGAUGACGAGAACAAAGGAAUCACUUCAGAUAGAAAAACACGCUCUCGAGGAAAGAAUGCAUCAACUGAAACUUAAUGAAGUAAAACUAACCGAAACGCAACACCAUCUGGACAUUGUUAGGAGUAAUCUGCAGGGCAAAGAGGUCUGUCUAAACGAGCGCGAAGCCGAACUGGACAGACGGCAGGAGGAGCUGUCGAAUCGUGCCAGUACACUGAGUGGGACACAGGCGGCGGUGGCUGAAAUCGACGCUAAGUGUCGUCGACUGUUGGAGGAGCAGGCCCGGGCUCAGGCGGAGCUGCAGAGUCGCAAACAGGAAAUUGAAGACAUGGAGAAAAGGCUUACAAAAGAUAACGAGUUCUUGGAGGAUGAACGAAUAUUUUUAAGUGUACUCAGACAUGCUCCCUACACGCAAUGA